UAAAGCGCAGAAGCCUCGGGUCGCUGACUCCCCCGGAGCCCGGUCCUUGGCGCGGAUGGAGUCUGCGGCCGCUCUGCGCUUCUCCGCGCCGCGCUCCCUUCUGUUCUUCGCGCUCCUCAGCUGCUCCGCACUGCUCUCAGGCCAGUUUACUGUCGUGGGGCCAGCUGACCCUGUCCUGGGCAUGGUGGGAGAAGACACCAUGUUCCGCUGCCACCUGUCGCCGGAGAAGGACGCCGAGCGCAUGGAGGUGCGCUGGUUCCGCGCUCAGUUCUCCCCGGCAGUGUUCGUGUAUAAGGGUGGACGGGAGAGCCGGGAGGAGCAGAUGGAGGAGUACCGGGGAAGAACCACCUUUGUGAGCGAGCACAUCAGCACGGGGAGCGUGGCUCUCGUCAUCCACAACGUCACAGCCCACGACCACGGCAUCUACCACUGUUACUUCCAAGAAGGCAGAUCCUACCACGAGGCCAUCCUGCGCCUCAUGGUGGCAGGCCUGGGCUCUAAGCCCCUCAUUGAAAUGAAGGGCCAGGAGGACGGAGGCAUCCGGCUGGAGUGCACGUCUGCAGGGUGGUUCCCGGAGCCCCACGUGGUGUGGAGGGACCCCUAUGGCACAAUCCUGCCAGCCCUGGAGGAGGCUUACGCAGUGGACGCGGGCGGCCUCUUCACGGUCGCCACGGCCAUGAUCAUCAGGGACCGCUCUGUGAGGAACGUAUCCUGCUCCGUCAACAGCACCCUGCUUGGCCAGGAGAAGGAAACGGUGAUUUUCAUCCCAGAAUCCUCUGCUCCCCGCGAGUUCCCCUGGACGGUGGGCCUCGCUGUCAUCCUGCCUUCUCUGCUCUUCUUAUCCGCCGCGAGCAUCUGUCUCGUCAGGAAACUCCACGGGGGGAAGGAGGUUGAAAAUGAAGAGAAAGAAAUUGCAUGUAAGGAAUUGGAGACAGACCAUGUGGAAAAAGAGAAAGAACGUCAAAUAAAAGAGCAACUUCAAGAAUUGCGAUGGAGAAGAACCCUCCUACAUGCCGCUGACGUGGUCCUGGACCCAGAUACCGCUCAUCCUGAGCUCUUCCUGACAGAGGACCAGAGAAGUGUGAGACGAGGCCCCUCCAGGCAGAGUGUCCCCGACAACCCAGAGAGAUUCGACUGCAGGCCUUGUGUCCUGGGCCUGGAGAGCUUCUCCUCAGGCAGGCAUUACUGGGAGGUGGAGGUUGAAAAUGUGAUGGUGUGGGCUGUGGGGGUUUGCAGAGACAGCGUUGAGAGGAAAGGGGAGGCCCUCCUGGUCCCCCAGAAUGGCUUCUGGACCCUGGAGAUGUUUGGAAACCAGUACCGGGUCCUGUCCUCCCCCGAGAAGAUUCUCCCCCUGAAAGAGCGUCUUCGCCGGGUGGGGGUCUUUCUGGACUAUGAAGCUGGAGAUAUCUCCUUCUAUAACAUGAGGGACAGAUCACACAUCUACACAUGUCCCCGUUCACCCUUUUGUGAGCCCCUGAGACCCUUCUUCAGGCUGGGGUCUGAUGACAGCCCCCUCAUCAUCUGCCGAGCCUUCGCAGGGGCCCGGGGGGUCCCGGUGCCUGAGGGCGGCCUGAUCCUUCACAGGACAGGGACCCGUCACAGCCACUAGGCACAGAGCCCUGGCCUCAGAGCCAAGUAGAGAAGCCUUGGCCAUCUCUGCUUCCACAGCACAGCACCCUGGAAGGAAACGGGCUCUCCUUCCCUCCAGCCUCAUGAAACAACAGCCUCCAGAGGCCCCUUUGACACCCUCUUCAGGCCCAGCCCCAUCCGUCCCUCAACAGGCUGUUGCUUUAGUAACUUGUCUGCUGGGAACCGUGGGGCAGGGUCCAGUCUCAGAGAGGGGCUGCCACAUGGCUCCCAACAAGAAGAAAGUGUGAGAAAGUGACAGGCUUUAACAUCGGAGUGACACACUCAGCCUGAUGCUCGGGUGGACGUCAGACGCUGUGGACUCAGGGUGAGGGCAUCCGGACACAGCAGGCUGUGAGGGGAGGGAAGCCACAGCUGGAGGUCAGGGAGGUGGGAGGGACCAAGGGUGCGGGUGCUGUGGGCCUCCCCAUCACAGCCCAGGGACUCAGGAGCUCAUGGGCCAUUUCCACCCUCCCCUGAGCUUUCCAGACUGCACAGCAAAGCUCUCCCAGCCUAGAACUGAGCUGAAGAAGGAUGAAGACACAUCUCGGCCUGGCUCUGCUGUCCCCUCGAUAAACUGGAAGUCAGCGCCCAGUUACUGAGUGUGGCCUGAGGUUUAAGGUCCCAGCUGAGCAGGUGUGUACUGACCCAAGUGGACCCCCAGGACCAGGUCCAAUGGGGAAAGCAGCACUUCAACUUCUUGACCUCAGGCUGCCUUUAGAUAUUAAAAAUUAUUAAGGGGGCGCCUGGGUGACGCACUGGAUUGAGCAUCUGACUCUUGGUUUUGGCUCAGGUCGAGAUCUCAGGGUUGUGAGAUCGGGCCUUGCAUUGGGCUCCACGCU